UGGAGCGGUAGUUCUCUCAACGAAGUGCGGGGGAAGCCGGGAAGGCUCGAGGCGUGGGAAGGGGUGGCUGCACCCCUCAGACGAACGCCGAGGGCGUUGGAGCCGGUGAAAGUUGGCGCCGCGGGCUGGACAGGAGGGGGCGCUGUUGACUACAACAGGGAGUCGCCAUCGCGGAGCCUGGAUGGAUUAUCCGGGUUGAGGGAAUGUUUGGUCUGCACGAAAGACUCAGCGGCCACAGAAAGGACGGGUCGUGCGAGCAGUGCGGCGAUGGGGUGACCCGAGAACUGAAUAACGUGGGGCUGGUUAGGCGGGAGCAGCGGAGUCGAAGAGCCGGAACAGCCUACAAGGGAACAGGGCGCUCUGAACCUCGCUCCAUUUCCUGCUACUUGAGGGACCUAGGAUCGAGUCCCUCUACUUGUUUCCUCAUCUAAGUAGAGAGGCAAACACUGUCUGAAAGGGUGCUGUUCUGGUUGAGGGAGGGUCACGUGUGUGCCGUCAUGCCUGGUGACAAUAGACUCUCUCUUCCUCCCUCCUCCUCCCGCCCGGUGUUGUUACCGUGGGACUGAGGUUGCGGGGACAGUGUGAUGGUGACAAUAAUGGCAGAGAUAUGACAUAACCUAGAGAGGCGAUAGGGCUUGGGGAGCCAUAGGUAAGGAUGAGGCAAAAAACCCUGCGUAGUAAAGGCCGACGUAGAGUGUGACCUCAGUGGAGGUGGGCGGGGAGAAGGAGGAUGGCAAGUGGCAAGGGUGGAGGCAACGCCUUUGAGACCAGGGGCCGCCUGGUUUUAGGUUUCCCGAGGGAGGAGCUGGUGUGCAGCGGGCGGAGCUACGAGCUGGGCCUGGCUUAGUAGUGCUUUUCUGCGGGUGGCUCUCUUUCUUUAGCCGCCCACACUGUGGCUGCUGUCCUGAGCCAUGGGCUGCUGGGCUCUCCUGCUCCUGCCUUUCCUAUCACUCGGGGCCGCCACAACCAUCCGGCCUAGGCUAAAGACCCUCGGCAGCCCGCACUUGUCAACUAACACACCCGACUCUUCUGUACCCAGUAGCUACUCAGUUCAUUACUUCCAACAGAAGGUUGACCACUUUGGGUUUUUUGACACAAGAACUUUUAAGCAGCGGUACCUAGUAGCUGAUAAACACUGGCAGAGAAAUGGUGGAUCUAUACUUUUCUACACUGGAAAUGAAGGGGACAUUGUCUGGUUUUGUAAUAAUACGGGGUUCAUGUGGGAUGUGGCCGAGGAGCUGAAAGCUAUGCUGGUGUUUGCUGAGCAUCGAUACUAUGGGAAGUCCCUUCCCUUCGGUCGGAACUCCUUCAAGGAUUCCCAACACUUGAAUUUCCUGACAUCAGAACAGGCUCUGGCUGAUUUUGCAGAGUUAAUCAGACACUUGAAAGAAACAAUCCCAGGAGCUGAAGGUCAGCCUGUCAUCGCCAUUGGGGGCUCUUAUGGUGGCAUGCUCGCGGCCUGGUUCAGGAUGAAAUAUCCUCACAUAGUCGUCGGCGCUCUGGCAGCUUCCGCCCCUAUCUGGCAGCUUGAUGGUAUGGCUCCCUGUGGAGAGUUUAUGAAGAUUGUAACUAACGAUUUCAGACAAAGUGGUCCAUAUUGUUCAGAAAGUAUCCGCAGAUCCUGGAGUGUCAUUAAUCAACUCUCAGAUACCGGCAGCGGUCUCCGGUGGCUCAGGGACACUCUUCACCUGUGCAGUCCCUUGACUUCCGAGAAGAUGCCAACGUUGAAAGGAUGGAUAGCUGAAACCUGGGUGAACCUGGCCAUGGUGAACUACCCGUAUGCAUGCAACUUUUUGCAGCCUUUGCCUGCUUGGCCCAUCAAGGAGGUGUGCCGAUACUUGAGGAAUCCCAAUGUGUCUGAUACAGUGCUGAUGCAGAAUAUUUUCCACGCUCUGAAUGUGUAUUAUAAUUAUUCGGGCCAAACAAAAUGCCUGAAUAUUUCACAAACAACCACAAGCAGUCUGGGCUCUACGGGCUGGAGCUUUCAGGCCUGCACAGAAAUGGUCAUGCCCUUUUGUACUAAUGGUAUUGAUGACAUGUUUGAACCCUAUCUGUGGGACUUGGAGACGUAUUCCAAUGACUGUUUUAACCAAUGGGGAGUGAAACCACGGCCUCAUUGGAUGACUACCAUGUAUGGUGGCAAAAACAUCAGUUCACACUCAAACAUCAUUUUCAGCAAUGGUGACCUAGACCCGUGGUCAGGAGGUGGAGUCACCAAAGACAUCACAGACACCCUGGUGGCUAUCAACAUCCCUGACGGGGCCCAUCAUUUAGAUCUUCGAGCCCACAAUGCCUUCGAUCCUUCCUCUGUGCUGUUAUCUCGCUUAUUGGAAGUUAAACACAUGAAGAAAUGGAUUGCAGAUUUCUAUAACAAUUCCAGUUGGAAGUCCUGAGCCACUUUUAAAAAAUAUUUUUUCUUGUUUU